AUAUGGGGACCCAUGUGACCCUCCCUCUUUGAGAUUCACUGGGUCCUAGGUCCUAGGUCCUACCCAGCUCUCCACCCAACAGCCAUGCACAUUGCAGGCCCUCAGUCAACACUGAUUGACGCAAGGGAUAAAGGAACAAACCGACUGGGAUUGACUUGUCUGGUGCCACUCCCUGCCCUGAAAGGCAAGCCCUGGGAGCCCCCGGCCCCGAAAGGACGUGGAGCCUCGCGGGAGACUCCUGGAAGUGCGUGAAUAGCAAGCACAGCGUGGUGCGCCCGCUUUACAAGUUAGCAUAUUCACAAGAACCCGCUCGGAAGGCCAAGUCCUUGAUGUCGGCCAAUUGGUUAAGUAGCUGUGUGCUUUCUUUCCAGUGCACUUAUUUGGUGAUCCCGAUUGGCGUCCGCACAGCCGCCACCCUCACUCCCGCUUGAGGAUAAAAAGCAAGCCAAUUUGGCAUGUAGGCACUGUUUGAAAAACAACUUUGCACUCUAGUUAUUCGGCAAAAAGCUCCACCUUCCCACGCUGCUGAUAAUAUUUCUCGCGGCUGCGUGGGACACUCCUCGUCUCACCCAUGAGAGCGAGCUGCCUUCUGUCUGGUUGGGCGAUUCCUGCAGGGCCUGAGCCUCCGCAGAGCCCGGCGUUCAAGGAGAAAAAAGGAGCCGCGGAUGGCCCAUGUUCUAGAACUACAUCCUCGGUCACUGUCCCAGUACAGCCAUCUGUAGCACCUCCUCAGUAACUGACGGUGAUGUUCCUUUCCCUAUGCUGUUUAUACCAUCAGCCUGGGGUUUUCUUUGAAGGUGACACAAAGAAUGAAGAUAUUCAAAUGUUAUUUUAAACAUACCCUACAGCAGAAAGUUUUCAUCCUGUUUUUAACCCUAUGGCUGCUCUCUUUGUUAAAGCUUCUAAAUGUGAGACGACUCUUUCCGCAAAAAGACAUUUACUUGGUUGAGUACUCCCUAAGUACCUCGCCUUUUGUAAGAAACAGAUACACUCAUGUUAAGGAUGAAGUCAGGUAUGAAGUUAACUGUUCGGGUAUCUAUGAACAGGAGCCUUUGGAAAUUGGAAAGAGUCUGGAAAUAAGAAGAAGGGACAUCAUUGACUUGGAGGAUGAUGAUGUUGUGGCAAUGACCAGUGAUUGUGACAUUUAUCAGACUCUAAGAGGUUAUGCUCAAAAGCUUGUCUCAAAGGAGGAGAAAAGCUUCCCAAUAGCCUAUUCUUUGGUUGUCCACAAAGAUGCAAUUAUGGUUGAAAGGCUUAUCCAUGCUAUAUACAACCAGCACAAUAUUUACUGCAUCCAUUAUGAUCGUAAGGCACCUGAUACCUUCAAAGUUGCCAUGAACAAUUUAGCUAAGUGCUUCUCCAAUAUUUUCAUUGCUUCCAAAUUAGAGGCUGUGGAAUAUGCCCACAUUUCCAGACUCCAGGCUGAUUUAAAUUGCUUGUCGGACCUUCUGAAGUCUUCAAUCCAGUGGAAAUAUGUUAUCAACUUGUGUGGGCAAGAUUUUCCCCUGAAGUCAAAUUUUGAAUUGGUGUCAGAGUUGAAAAAACUCAAUGGAGCAAAUAUGUUGGAGACGGUGAAACCCCCAAACAGUAAAUUGGAAAGAUUCACUUACCAUCAUGAACUUAGACGGGUGCCUUAUGAAUAUGUGAAGCUACCAAUAAGGACAAACAUCUCCAAGGAAGCACCCCCCCAUAACAUUCAGAUAUUUGUUGGCAGUGCUUAUUUUGUUUUAAGUCAAGCAUUUGUUAAAUAUAUUUUCAACAACUCCAUCGUUCAAGACUUUUUUGCCUGGUCUAAAGACACAUACUCUCCUGAUGAGCACUUUUGGGCUACCUUGAUUCGGGUUCCAGGAAUACCUGGGGAGAUUUCCAGAUCAGCCCAGGAUGUGUCUGAUCUGCAGAGUAAGACUCGCCUUGUCAAGUGGAAUUACUAUGAAGGCUUUUUCUAUCCCGGUUGUACUGGAUCUCACCUUCGAAGCGUGUGUAUUUAUGGAGCUGCAGAAUUAAGGUGGCUUAUCAAAGAUGGACAUUGGUUUGCUAAUAAAUUUGAUUCUAAGGUGGACCCUAUCUUGAUUAAAUGCUUGGCAGAAAAGCUUGAAGAACAGCAGAGAGACUGGAUCACUUUGUCCUCAGAAAAGUUAUUCAUGGAUAGAAAUCUCACUACCACAUCAUGAUAGUAAAAUCAGGAUGGAAAUAAGAGGGUGCCUGAUAAAUGGAGUCAGUGUGGAAUUGAAUACUAUACUAUGCCCAAUACUGUUUAAACUCAGUCCUCCCAUAUUUUAAAAGGUGUCCAAAAUUCCAUACACAAGGGAAAGUGAUCUAGCCUUUGAUGUUAUUAGCCUGCAGUUGGCUAGGUUUUUUUAAUAUUUGUUUUUGCUUGUAAUCUCACUGAGCCAAAUCAGAGAUCUUAAACAUUCAGUCAGUCAUCAAACAUUAUUGAGCACCUAACUAUAUGACAGGCACUUUUUUAGAGACUGCGGCUUAUCCUCAUCAUAGCAACCUCGGUAUCUUUAAGUUCUCCACAUAACAGUCAGGAUUCUACCGAAGAAGCUUUUGAAGUUUGUGGUAAUCGUCUGAUCAUAUAAACCACCCAUUUCAGAGUAGUGUUUAAGUACUGUGACCAACACUCCACUUGUCUCUUAACUCAGCUUCCAAGACAUUUCUUAACCAUUAGAGCAGAGGAGGAAAGACUCACUACCUCAGAAAAA